ACAUUUCGCGUUGAGAAUCGCCCGUUCCCGCGCGCUGCAGCGACGGGCCUGAUGUCUCCGGUCGUCUGCUGUGACGCAGAACAAAAUGGCGACGACGAGUAAUGAAGUGCCGGUAGAAAUGAACCAGAAUCGCGUGUGUGCCACGGAGAAUUCGGAGUCUAAAAUGGAAUCUAUGGACAUAACGGAGCCUACUACCGUAAAUAAGGAUGUCAGCGCCUCAGCCUGCAGGGAAUCCAUAUCGGUCGAUGAUAUGACUUCGAGAGACUACUAUUUUGAUUCUUACGCUCAUUACGGGAUACAUGAAGAAAUGCUGAAAGAUGAAGUACGCACUGUGACCUACCGCAAUUCAAUGUACCAUAACAAACAUCUCUUCAAAGGCAAGACGGUUCUUGAUAUUGGCUGUGGUACUGGGAUACUCUCAAUGUUCGCAGCUAAAGCUGGCGCUGCUAGAGUCAUUGGUAUCGAGUGUUCCAAUAUCGUUGAGUAUGCAGAGAAGAUCGUGGAGGCCAACAACCUAUCCAAUGUCAUAACGAUACUUAAAGGCAAGGUGGAGGAGGUUUCAUUGCCUGAUGGCAUAGAGAAAGUCGAUAUAAUAAUAUCCGAAUGGAUGGGUUAUUGUUUAUUCUACGAAUCCAUGUUGGACACAGUGCUCUUUGCCAGGGACAAAUGGCUCCGCGAAGACGGCAUGCUGUUCCCUGAUAAAGCAACACUAUUUAUAUGUGGAAUCGAAGAUAGGCAAUACAAGGACGAGAAGAUCAAUUGGUGGGACGAUGUGUACGGAUUUGACAUGAGUAGCAUAAGGAAAGUGGCGAUCAGCGAGCCGCUGGUGGACGUCGUGGACCCGAAACAGGUCGUCACGAAUGCAUGCCUAAUUAAAGAAGUCGACCUCUACACCGUGACGAAGGCUGACCUCGAGUUUUCGUCGCCGUUCACCUUGCAAGUGCGUAGAAACGACUACGUACAAGCUCUAGUUACAUUCUUCAACAUCGAAUUCACCAAGUGCCACAAACGCAUUGGCUUCAGCACCGCGCCAGAAGUGCCGUACACACAUUGGAAGCAGACCGUCUUUUACUUCGACGAGUACAUGACGGUGAAGAAGGGCGAGGAGAUUUAUGGCGUGUUCUCGAUGAGGCCGAAUGCCAGGAACUACAGAGAUCUGGACUUCAGUAUCGAAUUGGACUUUAAGGGGGAACUGUGCCAAGUACACGAAACUAAUACUUACCGUAUGCGCUGAUAUUCAGUGGAAUCAACACCGUGUCCUCUUCCUCCUCCCAUUUUUUCAUAGCUCAUGAGAUCAUUUAAUCAAACCAGGAGUCUCGAGAGUCCCUUACUUAUUACGGAAUGAUAAAAAAAAAA